AUGCAGACUUAUCACAUCUGGACCAUUGGUUGCCAGAUGAAUACCGCCGACUCCGAACGCUUGGGGUCGGCGUUAGAGCAACUGGGCCUUUCCGCCGUAGAGCGCCCCGCCGACGCCGAUGUGGUCGUGCUCAAUUCGUGCGUGGUUCGGCAGAGCGCCGAAGACAAAGUUACCGGCAACCUGAACCUGACCCAGCCGCUGCGCAAAACUCGCCCCGACUCUGUGCUCGUGCUUACGGGCUGCAUGGUCGGCCCUCGCACCGAAGAGCUGCAGCGCCGCUUCCCCCACGUUGACCUGUUCCUGCGACCGCAGCAGUUCGAACCCUUGUUGGAACUGGUUGGCGACCGGUUGGGUCUGGACUGGGAAGGAUGCGUAGGAUCGCUGGCGCCGCAACGACCCGACGUGGCGACCUACGUUCCCAUCAUCCACGGCUGCGACCUGAUGUGUUCCUUCUGCAUCAUCCCCUAUCGCCGCGGCCGACAGGUGAGCCGCUCGGUAGCUGACAUUUCCCACGAGGUGGAACUGCUGGCGGCUCGUGGCGUGCGAGAAGUAACCGUACUGGGUCAGACCGUGGACGCCUACGGCCACGAUCGCGACGACGGCCACGACCUUGCCGACCUGUUUACCCGUCUCAAUGAUAUUGACGGCCUCGACCGGGUACGGUUCCUAACGUCCCAUCCGACCUAUAUGAGCAGCCGCAUCAUCAAGUCGGUUGCCGAUUUGCCCAAGGUUUGCGAGCAUAUCAACCUGCCGGUGCAGGCGGGCGACGAUGAUGUACUGCGCCAGAUGCGCCGCCCCUACACCGUCGCCGAAUACCGCGACAUUGUCAGCGAGAUUCGCGACACGGUGCCCGGGGUUACCGUGAGCACGGACAUAAUCGUGGGUUUCCCCGGGGAAACCGAGGCGCAGUUCCAGAACACCAUGCAACUCGUGGACGAUUUGCGGUUCGACAAGGUGCAUGGCGCCGCAUAUUCCACCAGGCCCGGCACCAUCGCCGACCGCACCAUGACCGACGACGUACCCAAGGACGACAAACGUCGCCGGCUCAAGGAACUGGACACCCUCCAGGAGAGCAUCCUUACGGACAUCAACGCGCACUACAUGCAACAGACGGUGCAAGUGUUGGUGGAAAGUCGCAAGCGAGGCCGCUGGACCGGCCGCACCCGUGGCAACAAACUGGUGUACUUUGACGCACCAGAUGACGCCGCCGGCGUUGACUUCGCCGGCCAGCUCGUGGAUAUCACCAUCGACCGCACCAGCCCCUGGUCGCUGGGCGGGUCGGUGCAAUAG